UGUGCCUUGAUUAUUACACUUUUCUCCUGUUCACAGAGAAAGAAGAAACAAUGGCAAGAACCAAGCAGACCGCUCGUAAGUCCACCGGAGGCAAAGCCCCCAGGAAGCAGCUGGCCACCAAGGCUGCCCGUAAGAGCGCCCCGGCCACCGGCGGCGUCAAGAAGCCUCAUCGUUACAGGCCCGGUACCGUGGCUCUCAGAGAGAUCCGUCGCUACCAGAAAUCCACCGAGCUGCUCAUCCGCAAGCUGCCCUUCCAGCGCCUGGUCCGUGAAAUCGCUCAGGACUUCAAGACCGACCUGCGCUUCCAGAGCUCCGCUGUCAUGGCUCUGCAGGAGGCCAGCGAGGCUUACCUGGUCGGUCUCUUCGAGGACACCAACCUGUGCGCCAUCCACGCCAAGAGGGUCACCAUCAUGCCUAAAGACAUUCAGCUGGCUCGUCGCAUCCGUGGAGAGAGAGCUUAAACUGUCUGCUCAUCC